AUGAUGGCCUCGACCACUUGCACACGCUUCACCGACGAGUACCAGCUCUUCGAGGAGCUCGGAAAAGGGGCGUUCUCCGUCGUGAGGAGGUGUAUGAAAAUCACCACAGGACAAGAGUACGCUGCCAAAAUUAUCAACACCAAAAAGCUUUCAGCUAGGGAUCACCAGAAACUGGAAAGAGAAGCUAGAAUCUGUCGCCUCCUGAAGCAUCCUAAUAUCGUGCGGCUCCAUGACAGCAUAUCAGAAGAAGGAUUCCAUUACUUAGUCUUUGACUUAGUCACUGGAGGUGAACUGUUUGAAGAUAUAGUUGCAAGAGAGUAUUAUAGUGAAGCAGAUGCCAGUCAUUGCAUUCAGCAGAUCCUGGAGGCCGUGCUGCACUGCCAUCAGAUGGGCGUGGUCCAUCGCGACCUCAAGCCUGAGAACUUACUUCUAGCUAGCAAAUCCAAGGGAGCGGCAGUAAAAUUGGCAGACUUUGGAUUGGCUAUAGAAGUCCAGGGAGAACAACAGGCUUGGUUUGGCUUUGCUGGUACUCCAGGAUACCUUUCUCCAGAAGUCUUACGAAAAGAUCCUUAUGGAAAACCUGUGGAUAUGUGGGCAUGUGGAGUCAUUCUGUACAUCCUCCUGGUGGGAUACCCUCCCUUCUGGGAUGAAGACCAACACAGGCUGUACCAGCAGAUCAAAGCUGGUGCUUAUGACUUCCCCUCACCAGAGUGGGACACGGUGACUCCUGAAGCAAAAGACCUUAUCAAUAAAAUGCUCACCAUCAACCCAGCGAAACGUAUCACAGCAUCAGAAGCACUAAAGCAUCCAUGGAUCUGUCAACGUUCUACUGUUGCCUCUAUGAUGCACAGACAAGAGACUGUAGAUUGCUUGAAGAAAUUCAAUGCAAGAAGAAAACUAAAGGGGGCCAUUUUGACAACAAUGCUGGCUACCAGAAAUUUCUCAGCAGCCAAGAGUUUACUGAAAAAGCCAGAUGGAGUUAAGAUAAACAACAAAACCAACGUGGUAACCAGCCCCAAGGAAAAUAUUCCUACCCCGGCGCUGGAGCCCCAAACUACAGUAAUCCACAACCCUGAUGGAAAUAAGGAAUCAACAGAGAGUUCCAACACGACCAUCGAAGAUGAGGAUGUGAAAGCUCGUAAGCAGGAGAUUAUCAAGGUGACCGAGCAGUUGAUUGAAGCCAUCAACAACGGGGACUUCGAAGCUUACACAAAAAUCUGUGACCCAGGCCUUACGUCUUUUGAACCUGAAGCUUUGGGUAAUCUGGUAGAAGGGAUGGACUUCCACCGGUUUUACUUCGAAAAUGCUCUGUCCAAGAUUAGCACCAAGCCAAUCCACACGAUCAUCCUGAACCCUCACGUGCACCUGGUGGGCGAGGACGCGGCGUGCAUCGCGUACAUCCGCCUGACGCAGUACAUGGACGGCAGCGGCAUGCCAAAGACUAUGCAGUCCGAGGAGACGCGCGUGUGGCACCGGCGCGACGGCAAGUGGCAGAACGUGCACUUCCACCGCUCGGGCUCGCCCACCGUGCCCAUCAACUAAAAAUAUCAGCGGUGCCGCUCUUGCAUUUUCUGUUCCCAACGCACCCGGUUGAUUACCAUCUUGGCCAUCCCGUUCUCUUCAUGCAUGUUUCUGGGUGCAUGAAGUUGUGAAGGUUCUUCAUGUAACACAUUUGUGAUGCACCAUGUUGCUGUAUAUUCCAUCUGUACACUGUUAACAUUUCAAUGAAGGUGAUGUUCCAUGCAAAUAGAGAAUAACAAGGCGUAAAAGACAAAAAAAGAGGUAUUGGAUGGACAGCAGUAGACACACAAUACAUUUGUCACUUGCUCUGUUUAUGCCAAAUUUUGACAGGCAACUUUAAAAUCGGUCAUGUUUAUUAAAAAAAAAAAAAAAGAAAAAAUAGAAAAAAAAAGAAAAGUAUAUUUUACCUUCUUUUUUUUAAGAACUGGUUUUUGACUCCUCCCUCUCUCCUGAGUCCCAGGAUUUUGCUUUGGUUCUGGUAGGAAUGGUUAGGAUUUCCGCUGGCAGCUCCAUUACUGUAAAACAGAUUUUUAUUGUAGAUGGACAAAAUCACUGAUAAAUGUGGAAGUGUUAAUAUCUUGGCUUUGGACCAGCUGCAGCCUUCUUAGCUUAUUAGUCUAUGUAAACUGGAAAAAUCUCCUCAUUUGCUUGCUUGGCCACUCCAGAAUUAACUGUCAGUAUACUGGUGAGUCAGCAGCUCCCAAUUUCUUUUUGAGUCCUUUUCGCUUUAUUAUUUUGCUU